AUGGGUAUCAAGGGUUUAACAAAGCUUUUGGCGGACAACGCUCCCCGUGGUAUGAAGGAGCAGAAAUUUGAAAGUUUUUUCGGUCGUAAGAUUGCCAUUGACGCCAGCAUGAGCAUCUAUCAGUUUCUUAUUGUAGUUGGAAGAAGCGGGACUGAAAUGCUCACCAACGAGGCCGGUGAUGUCACUAGUCAUUUGCAAGGCAUGUUUUACAGAACCAUUAGGCUCCUUGAGGCUGGAAUUAAACCCAUCUAUGUGUUUGAUGGGCAACCCCCCGAUUUGAAAAACCAAGAGCUGGCAAAGCGUUCUUCAAAAAGGGCAGAUGCUACUGAGGGUUUGAGACUAGCUGUAGAGGCUGGCAACACUGAGGACAUUGAAAAGUUCAGUAAACGUUCUGUGAAGGUCACGAAGCAGCAUAACGAAGACUGCAAAAAAUUGUUGAGACUCAUGGGAGUCCCUGUAAUUGAGGCUCCUUCUGAAGCUGAAGCACAGUGUGCUGCUCUCUGCAAAUCAGGGAAGGCUUACGCCGUAGCUUCUGAAGACAUGGAUUCACUUACGUUUGGAGCUCCUAGAUUUCUUCGUCAUCUAAUGGAUCCCAGCUCGAAAAAAGUUCCUGUCAUGGAAUUUGAAAUCGCUAAGAUCUUGGAAGAUCUAAACAUCAGCAUGGACCAGUUCAUUGAUCUUUGUAUCCUCUCCGGAUGUGAUUAUUGCGACAGCAUCCGAGGAAUUGGAGGCCAGACUGCCUUAAAGCUCAUUCGUCAGCAUGGCUCCAUAGAGGGUAUAAUUGAGAACAUAAGCAAAGAGAGGUACCAAAUACCGGAGGACUGGCCUUAUGUGGAAGCUCGAAGGUUAUUUAAAGAACCAAAUGUUAUUGCAGAGGAUGAACAGGAGAUCAAAUGGGCAUCUCCGGACGAAGAAGGCUUGGUUAGUUUCCUGGUGAAUGGAAAUGGAUUCAGUGCCGACAGGGUGACUAAGGCAAUAGAAAAAGUCAAAGCAGCCAAGAACAAGUCCUCACAGGGCAGAUUGGAUUCAUUUUUCAAACCUGCUGCCAGCACAUCCAUUCCCCUUAAGCGGAAGGAGACGCCUGUUGCCACUACCAAGGGAGCGAGUGGGAAAAAAUCGAAGGCUGGCGGUGGGAGGAAGAAGUAG